GUAAAGCCUAGUGCCUCAGUAUUCUCCUCCGUAUGAAAGCAAAAAUGUUCUUCAAUGAACUCUUCUUCCCACUCUUACUCAAUCUUAUCAUUCUCAUUUACCUACUACAAACUGUUUUAGGCCAAAAUAAUCAAAACCCGAAAUUCAAAGCUUGUGAACCCAAGAAAUGUGGCAAUAAUAAUUUCACCAUAAGCUAUCCAUUUUGGAUUGAUGAUGAACAAGAAUCCUACUGUGGUCACCCUAACUUUAAGAUAUCUUGUACUGAUCAUAAAAUUCCUAUUCUUCGUAUAUCCGACGGAGAUUACCUUAUACGGGAUAUCUCUUACGAAAACCAUUCGCUUUUAGUGACCAAUGCUGCUGCAAUUUAUGACGAACCAAGUUGUCCAAUUCCUCGUAGGAACUUCACCGUCAUUGGUUCGCCUUUCUCGCUUUCUGAUUACCACCUUGAUCUAUAUUUCCUCUAUAACUGUAGUUUGGCUCCUAAAGAAUAUUUCGUAUUUCCUAUUCUUUGCUCGAAAACUUCGAAUGAGAGUCUUACUUCUUAUGCAACAAUCAUCCAUCAAAAAGGAGGUAAUUUAUUUUCUAUCUCAGAGAAGUGUGAGGCUGUAGUUGGUGUUCCAAUUGAGAUGGAAGAAGGGGAAAAUUUUAAUACUUUGAUGGUAACGGAAUACUCCGACUUCGUGAAAAACGGUUUUGUUUUGACAUGGAAUUCAUCAGUGAGUGAGUGCCAUGAAUGCCAAAGAAGCGGAGGACGUUGCAGUUUCGAAAACACCAAAUUCGUGUGUUUUUGCCUUGAAGGAUCUCAUUCGAAAAGUUGCAAACAUGAAAAUAAGAACAACUCAUCCAAACUUACCAUCCGUAUAGCUGUUCCAUUCGUUAUCGCAGUACUUUUCACCAUUGCCUUCGGUUUCUUCUAUUUUGAGAGGAAAAAAGCACAGAGAAAAAAGUUUGAUGAUGUCGACGAUGAGAUUCAAGGAACAGAAUCUUUACAGUUCAACUUCAGUAGUAUAUGUGUUGCAACAAAUAAUUUCUCUGAAGCUAAUAAACUUGGACAAGGUGGAUUUGGCUCUGUUUACAAGGGUACACUUUCAGACAUGCAAGAAAUAGCCGUAAAGAGGCUAUCAAAAAAUUCAGGACAAGGUGAACAAGAGUUCAAGAAUGAAGUUACCUUAGUAGCUAAACUUCAGCACAGAAAUCUGGUGAAGCUCGUUGGUUUCAGCCAAGCUGGUGAAGAAAAACUGCUCAUCUAUGAAUUCAUGCCAAAUGGAAGCCUUGACCAGAUCCUAUUCGACCCAGUUAAAUGUACACAGCUAGAUUGGGAAAGACGAUACAAGUUAAUAGGAGGGGUAGCAAGAGGACUUGUCUAUCUCCAUGAGGAGUCUCGACUGAAAAUCAUCCACCGGGAUCUCAAAGCUAGCAAUAUAUUAUUGGAUGCAGACAUGAAUCCAAAAAUUGCAGAUUUUGGCAUGGCUAGGCUUUUUUGCCUUCACCAAAUUCAAGAUAAUACAAACAGAAUAGUUGGAACAUAUGGCUACAUGGCUCCUGAGUAUAUAAUGCAUGGUGAAUUCUCUAUGAAAUCAGACGUUUUUAGUUUUGGUGUCUUAGUUUUAGAGAUACUUUGCGGACAGAGGAACAGCAGUUUUCAUAAAUCAGAUAUUGCUGGGGACCUUCUAAGCUAUGCAUGGCGGCAUUGGAAUAAUGGAUCUGCUAUAGAAAUAUUACAUCCAACUUUGAAAGACACUUUUUCUAGAAAAGAAGCGGUGAGAUGCAUCCACGUAGCAUUAUUAUGUGUUCAAAAAAAUGUUGAAGAUAGGCCCUCAAUGCAGACGGUUAUCCUAAUGCUCAACAGAUACUUUUCAAUCAGUCACAAUUUACCUUCAGCGCCUGCAUUCUUUGCUGGUAGUAUUAAACGUAUGGAACCCAAGUCGACUUUAUAUUCAGACUACAGAGAUGCACAAGGAAGUUCUAAAAACGAGUCAAUCAGAGAUACAGCAAUGUACAGCGUGAAUGAUGUUUCAGUUACUGAACUGCACCCUCGAUGACAAUACAAUCUUGUUCAUUUGCCUUCUUC